UUCAACUAACCUGCAGAGACCCCUGCAAAGACAAUGAGAUACAAUGAAAUAUCCCACUUCAGUCACCCCCAACAUACUCUCAAAUUUGAGUACACAGAAUUCCCAUUCAAAUGUGAUGGCUGCAAGGAGGUGGGCAUAGGCUCACGCUAUAAAUGUUGCAUAUGCGACUUCGACCUCCACAUGCACUGUGCAGUGCCUUCCCCUACUAUCUACCACCCUUUCUACACCAAAUGCUCGUUCCAGUUCCUCUCGCACCCGCCGGGCAACACCCCCCGCUACUGCAAUGCAUGCGAAAAGGACGUCAAGGGUUUUGUGUACCACUGCAAGACCUGCGGGUUUGAUCUCCACCCAUGUUGCGCCAAGCUCCCCAUGGUGCUCGAUGAUGGGGAAGUUAAGCUCUAUCUGUAUAAGAAAGUAUGCGCAUCGUGCCACAAGUGUGGGCGGAAAGGGCGGAGCUGGAGCUAUAGGUCUACAUGCAAGAAGUACAAUUUGCAUGUGGCAUGUGUGAGGGAGAUGCUCAUGGAAAGUUGGCCGGAUAUAUAUGUUGGACGUGGGAAAAGCAGGAACUUGGAGACCAGAAUUCCUAGCUUAAAGAAUACGCUUCAGACCCAUCACCAUCGGAGCAAAGGUAAGGUGAAAAAGUGUUGUGAGAUGGCUGGGCUGGCGGUGCAGUUUGUUAUAUCGGCGGUGCUAGGGGACCCGACGACUCUGAUUGCCGGAGUUAUAGGGUCCAUGAUGUCUCGAGCAUGAAUACACACAUAUAUAUAUAUAUACGCGUGGCUGAAUCGGCAUGGUCGUCGGGGUUUCGUGAUGUCCGGUGCAUGCAUGUGUUUGUUGAUGUUGAAUAUAUAUCGUGAGGAGUGGACAGUACUACUACUGGUCCAAAUGCCUAAAAUGAAUAAAUUCUCCAUGCAGUGUGAUAUCCAAUUAGUUUAUCAAAA